GAGAUAGUUUGGUUCGUCUUCCCACCUCUGUUGAAGAAGAGAGAUAUACCACCCGACAAACGGAUCCCGUCUCCUCCUCACUCGCCUCGUGUGAGUAGAAGAAUCGUCAAAUAUAGUAAACAAUUAAACAUUCUUGAAAUCUCAGAAAUAUCAUUUCUUUAAUCUCGCACAAAAACGCAAUUCAGACAACCUUCGUAUCUGUCUCUCAGGUCCUCUCUGAGUGAUCGCCUUCCCGUGUUCUUCAUCCACGUGGCCACUUCCCGUACUUUCGGGCGCAACUCAAGCCGUGAAGUUUAAGGAUCCAAACCCUCCCUUCAUGUCCUUAAAGUCAACCUCCAACCUUUUACGGUCACAUGGUAUGUCAUACUUUUUGACUGGUGCACAAGCAGUUCGAUUUGUUUAACAUUUGAUCCCAGCUUAGAUUCUUGUUUUUAAGUUAUAACCUCGGUUUAUCGACAUGUGAAAAAGUUAAGAUUUUUAUGCAGUAUGUGUUUAGUUUGGAUAUUGGGAUGCUGUGGAAUUAGUUUUCGGAUCUGCCAGGAGUUAGUUUUUGCUUAGUGGGGUUGUAACUUGGGAGAAAACUGCGUGAUUUCGAUUGGAAUAUGGUUAAUUUCAAGUCUAAUUUACUAUCUUUGAUGCAAGAUGUAAUUUGGAAUCUGGAUUUUCUGCUUGUUUGAGAGAGAAGUAAGUUUGUGGGGAAAAUUUUGAUCUCAGACACUUGGAGGUAGUCUGUAGGAAGCGGAAGAGUUAAGGAAUUUGAUCCUGGUGGGGUGUUUUUAUUGAGAUGCAGAAUUUGCAAUCGAGGGCUGUGCCGUUAGAGGAAGGCAAUGACCCUGGUGUUACUAGCAGCCGGGCAAGCCAAACGAAGGCCUUGCCGAUUAGGCUACUCCAGUUAUUCGCGCUGUUUCUGCUUUUCUGUAUUACUUUCUCAGUCAUUAGCGUAUACACAAUUCGGCAUUUUGGAAUCAAUGGCGUCAUGACAACAGCCGCAACCUCUUUCCAGCCGUGCCUUGAGGAACCAAGAGGUUUGGACCGAUGGAUUAAGCCGCCAUCAAGUGUUAAACACACCAUGAAUGAUGAGGAACUGUUCUGGAGGGCUUCUUUUACGCCUAGGAUAAAGAAAUAUCCUUUUAAGAAAGUUCCAAAGAUUGCAUUUAUGUUCUUGACUAAGGGGCCGUUGCCGCUGGCAACCCUUUGGGAGAGGUUUCUGAAGGGAUACGAAAGGCUUUAUUCAGUCUACGUUCAUUCACUACCAUCGUUUCAACCCCAUUUUAAUCCUUCGUCGGCUUUUUAUGGGAGACAUAUUCCAAGCCAGGUUGCUGAGUGGGGAAGAAUGAGUAUGUGUGAUGCUGAGAGAAGACUCCUUGCUAAUGCGUUGCUCGACAUAUCCAACGAAUGGUUCAUUCUUCUUUCUGAAUCAUGCAUUCCGCUUUAUAAUUUCAGUGUCGUUCACCGCUACUUGAUGAAGUCCAAGUACAGCUAUGUCGGUGCAUUUGAUGACCCCGGGCCACAUGGAAGAGGACGCUACAAUGAUAACAUGGCACCUGAAGUGAACAUAUCCGAUUGGCGCAAGGGCUCCCAGUGGUUUGAAGUUAACCGAAAGCUUGCCAUCAGCAUUGUCGAGGAUACAAAAUAUUACCCCAAAUUUAAAGAGUUCUGUAGACCCGCAUGUUACGUUGAUGAGCACUACUUCCCCACGAUGCUGACCAUUGAAGCCGGGAAUUCUUUAGCAAAUAGAAGCAUUACUUGGGUGGAUUGGUCACGGGGUGGACCUCACCCGGCUACCUUUGGAAGAGCGGACAUCACGGAGGAAUUUCUCAAGAGAAUUUUCUGGGGUCAACGCUGCACUUACAAUGGCCAGAACUCAACAAUCUGCUUUCUUUUUGGAAGGAAGUUUGCUCCGAGUGCCAUGGAACCUCUUUUGCAUUUAGCACCAAAGUUUCUGGGCUUCUAAGUUACAAGUUUCUAACACAUAAACAGUCGGCCAAGUCGACGUCUCGAGCCGAAGAGAGUGCAAAACUCAAUCGCCACGGUGUGUAUUUGCUUGUUACGAUAAAUUCAACCUCAGUUGUAAUAUUUGCUGGUUUGGGGUUUCACCUGAUAGGUCUUUGGCAAAAUAUACUGUUUAUAACAGUUUGAGAUGUACAGAGAAGUAGCACCCAAUUUCGCAUUGGGGCGUAUCAUUUUGUUCACAGUUUUGUAUUUGAGAAUUUGAUAUUUUGAUGAUUGAUAGACACUAUAUUUGAAUAAUUUGUUCCUGAUUCUGUUCA